AUGACGGAAACCGCCGAGCAGGCCGUGCAGUUCGUAGCCAUGGCCCGGAAGUCCUUCCCGGCUCUGUCCUCCAUGAGAGGCUCAGGCGGACCCGCAGCCGCAGCGGUGCGCAGCGCAGCGCCCAUGGCCAGCCACUUCCUCCGCCGGCGUGGCGAGGACUUGCUGAUGAAAGCCGUGCAGGUCGAGACCGAAGCCGGCUUGGCCAACGUCCGCGAGAUUGCCAAAGUCGAAGGCCUCGACAUGGUCUUCUUUGCACCCGUGGAGCUCGCCGCGUCCGCGCCCCGCGGCCAGGAGGCAGGGCUGCUUCUGGCAUUGGAAACUGCAGAGGCUGAAGUCAAGCGGGCCAAGAAACUGCUUGGAGGCAUGCUUGUGCCUGGCCGUUCGGCUGAGAUGAUGUUCGCCGCCGGCUAUGACCUGGUUUGCACCACCAGCGACGUCAUCCUGGUCCGCGCCGCCGCGGAGAACAUCGUGCGCGAGGCAAAGCCCCCCGCCACAGGGCCCAAAGGUGGCCUCGUUCGCUUUGUGACUUCUGGCCGGGAGGCCAAAUUUGCUCGGAAUGACGAGACGCUGGUGACAAGGCUCAAAAAGUCCAGACAGGCCCGGGCCCUGGGAGCCUUGGUGCGCCUGGGCUCCGCGGCGGCCGCCGAGCUGGUGGCCGCCUCCGGAUUCGAGGUCGUCGUCCUGGACCACUCCCGCGGCGCGGAAGACCUACUCGGGGCCGUUGCUCUCGUGCAUGCCGCAUCGCGGGCAGGGGCUCACUCGCUGAUGCGAGUGCCGGCUUUGAGCCAGGCGCACCUCCGCCGGGCCCUGCAGGUUGGCGUUGAAGGGAUCAUCCUCCCUGGCGUCGAAUCAGCGGAGGAGGCGCACGCCCUUGUGGAGCUGUGCCUGUAUCCCUCCAGGAAUCUCCGCGACGACAGCCACGCUGCUGAGGCGCGUCUCAAGAACCAGCCCUUCCGACGGAUGGACUUCAGUUUCGCCCCUCCACUGGUCGAGUUUUACGGCCAGCGCGUGGCCGAGUUCAGCCGGAGGCAAGGCGAAGCCCUGCUGAUCGCCGCGCAGGUGGAUUCGCCUGAGGGUGCGGCUCACAUCCGCGAGAUCGUCAAGGUGGAGGGCAUCGACAUGAUCUUCGUGGAUGCCAUGCGACUCUCAGGCGCGGACGUCGAGCGCAUCGAGACAGCCGCGAAGAAGCACCACAGGCUGCUUGGGGGACUGCUGGUUCCCGGCUGCCACGUCGAGGACAUGUAUCGAGCAGGCUACAAGCUUGUCUGCGCGGCCUCCGACCACGGCCUGCUGGCGGAAGGCGCCAAGGCAUGCCUCAAGGCCGAACGCCCUGUCGAAUGA